CCCUCGGGCUUCAAAAUCUUAUCUCAGACAGUCAAAAUGAAGAUCCUCCCUGUACUCUUUGCCUUUCUCACAGCCUCUGCUGUAGGGCAGUCUAUCUCUCCACCCACUCAAGCUAAUCUGUCCCCAACAACCCAAGAGGUUACGGUCGAUGAAGCACUCCCGAAUAUUUCUGCUCGGGGCUUUGGGAAGUUCAAGAACAUCUUUGAUAAAGUAAAGAAGGGUGGUGAUAAAGGCAAAAAGUCUAAAGACAAAAAACCUAAAGACAAACCCGAAAAAAAGAAGAGCGAAGACAAGAAGAAGGAUGAAAAGGAGUUAACGGAGAGCAAGACGUUGUCCAAGAAAAAGUUCAAAUUCAAGAGUCCCAAGAAGAGCGAUGGUAAGGGUAAGGGAGGAGGGGGGGCUGUGGUUGUCCAGUCAAUGGCUCCCACUGGCCUAAAAGCUCCGCUACUCUUCAUUGGAGGGCUAUUUAUUCUAACUACACCGUUGAUGGUUCACUGA